ACCACCGCUCCUCCGCCAGUCCGUCCGCCCGCAGCAUGAGCGGCCUGCGAGUCUACAGUACGUCGGUCACCGGGUCACGCGAAAUCAAAUCCCAGCAGAGCGAAGUAACCCGCAUCCUGGAUGGGAAGCGCAUCCACUACCAGCUAGUGGACAUCUCCCAGGACAACGCCCUAUGGGAUGAGAUGCGAGCCUUGGCGGGCAACCCCAAGGCCACCCCACCCCAGAUUGUUAAUGGAGACCAGUACUGUGGGGACUAUGAGCUGUUUGUGGAGGCUGUGGAACAAAACACGCUGCAGGAGUUCCUGAAACUGGCCUGAGCCAAGCCCAGGCUGGCCAACCGCAUUCCCUCCCCACAUUCCCCUGCCCCCAGCAAUUGUGGGCCAUGAAGGACC